CUUUUGCAAAAGGGGGUCCUGUCCAUCCCCGAUUCCCGACUGAUCCUCGCCCGACUUUCUCCUCGUCCUGGCCUCGUCUUGGAGGCCGCUCCCCCGGCGAGAGCCUGCGGCUCCCGAUGUCGCGCGCCUCCCACGCCGCGUCGGACGGCGGGUCCCGCGCCACGGCCGCGGGGCGCUCGCUCGCCCCCGCGGCGGCGGCGGAGCUGCCCCGGGCCGCGCCCGGCGGCCAGGGAGCGGCGCGCGCGCGCCCCGCGGCGGCGGCGAUGGAGCGGGCCGUCGCCAGCAGGCUGCAGUCGCAGCGGGACAUGCUGCGGGAGCUCGAGGAGCUGGAGGCCGCUGUCCAGGGCGUGGCCAACGAGCUCAAGUCGCGGCCCGCGAAGUCCACCGCCGCGCAGAAGUGGCAGUUCGCCCACGGCGUCGCGAGGAAGGCCCCCCGCAUCGAGGCGUGGGGCAGCGGGGACAAGCACGUCAGUGGCGUCUACAGCUACGUGCCUCCCGCGGACGAGCAGAAGCGCACGGGGCCAGCGACCUACCAGAGCGCGACGGACCCCGACAAGUACCUGUACGUUUCGAUGAAGGGCUCCUGGCUCCUGGGCAACCUGGAGUCCAAGGAGGCUCGGGAGCAGAAGCAGCAGAAGGGGUACCUCCGCAGCGCCAUGUCGGUCGAGCCCGGCGUGCUCCCGCACAUGACGGGACCGGGCUGGGAGGUCUUGGUUGGCGCGGACUUUGUGCCGAAGGAGACCAUGAAGUUCUGGCUGACAGAGACGGUGCGGCUGCAGUGGCAGAAGGCCAGGGUCGACCUGGGCAACGGCCCGGUCAUCAGGGUGACGGGCGUGAGCGAGCACUUUGCCGACGGCCUGUUCGACUUCGUGCCUGCGCAGAGCAGCAAGGGCGAGCCCCCAGUCUUCCAGCACCAGAGGCUGCGCAACGUGUGGAUGUUCCUCGGCACGGACCAGCGAUGGUGGAUCGGCAGCACCAGCGACAAGAACAGCAGGGCCCCCCACGGCAUCGGGCACACCUCGUCGCCCAUCCAGCCCGGCGAAGUCCCCACAGCCGAUACGACCUUCGCCGUCUCCGUGGACAACGCCUGGGUGAACCGACCAGUGCGGAUCCAGCGGGUCGACGGGCUGCGCGCCUGCGACUGCUGGGCGGAGGCGGCCCGCAAGACGGGCCCGCUGGAGCUGUGGGGCAGCUCCGAGCUCUUCGGGGCCUUCGCCCCGGAGGCGGGCGAGAGCGGCCACCCCCCGGUGUACCGGCGCAGCAAGGACGAUGGCACGGUGCUAUUCGUGGGGGAGGACGGGCACUGGUGGCUCGGCACCUCGGGGGAGGGUGGCAGGCUCAAGGAGGGCAGCGUCCGCAGCCUCCAGUCCGUGGAGCCGGGCACGCUGCCCGACGACCCCUGCGUCGCCUGGCUCGAGAGGGGGCCGCAGGAGUGGUCGCGCGCCCCCGCCCUCCGCUUCUGCACCUCGCAGGCCGUGGCGGCGGCCUGGCGCGCUGCGCGGGAGCAGGCCGCCGCGGAACCAGUGAUGUCCCUGACCGGCUCGCCGGAGGACCUGGUCUACGACGGCCUGUACGACUACAUCGCCGAGGAGGGCGAGGAGGAUGGCCCGCCCCGCUUCAUGCACCAGAUCAACCAGGAGCGCUGGGUCUACCUGGGGGCGGACGGCUGCUGGUGGGUCGGCGACAAGGAGUUCGUGGCCAGCGGCCUGACGAAGGGGCUGCUGUGCUCCGGCCCGGUGGGCCCCGGCGACCUCCCGCUGGGCGGGGCGGCCCAGUGGCAAUCGUGGAGCAGUGGCUCCAGGGUGUGGGUGGCUCAGCCCGACACCCGCUUCGGCGUCUCGUGAGGGCGCUGCGGGCCGCCACGCUCGACCCGCCUGGUCGGUCGCGGCGAGGAGAGGGGCUGGGGGGCGCCCGAGGCGUUCGCUGUCUGCCCGGCCCUCGAGCUCUGGUCUCCCGGACAGCUACGUACUAGUUCGCUCCGGGCCUUUCCGCCCCUUCGGCGGACCCGACGGGUUCCGAGCUCGGCCCGCCCGCCCGGCCCUGGCGGCGGGGGGGCCCGAGAGUGUAGCCGGUGGUGGAGCCGACCGAUUGUGAAUUGAUUUUCUUUUGGACCUUGCCUGUGCACAUCCGCGCCUAUAAGAAACCACACUCUCCCCGCGGCAGCCUCACGACGCAGCGGUUCCCGCUGCCCCUUUUCGAGGCGCGCCGCUCUGUUUCUUCUCGCGCUCUGCUGCUUGGCUUUCACCCCAGGCUUCAGAUAUCUUCGCCUCCGAAAAAAAAAGGCAUUGCACGCAACUAUGAUCGCGCAUCAUUUGCAAAUCAAGCGUGUUUCGUUCGGCUGACGCCUUGUCCGCCAGCCCCGCUGAUAUGUUCAGAUUGCGAUUGACCCUUCCAGGCGUUUG